AUGGUUCAGACACGACUGGCGCACAGAAGAUAUGAUUCUUUUCUGGGUCCUGCCACAGAUUUUGAGUAUGAUCUUGGACAUAUUGCUUUAGGCACAGCCCUGUCCGCCCGGGACUGUGAGGCGGCUGCGGGGCGCGCGCUGCGGAGUGAGCCGACGCCUGUGAGCCGGGAUGUCGCGCGUGCCUGCGCGGGCCAGCUGGCCUGUUGCUGUGGUACUGCUGCUUGCUCCCUGUGCUGCAGAUGCUGCCCCAAGAUAAAGCAAUCUACGAGCACCCGCUUCAUGUAUGCACUUUACUUCAUACUGGUAACGGUCAUCUGCUGUAUCAUGAUGUCAAGAACAGUAGCUACCGAAAUGAAAGAGCAUAUUCCUUUUUAUGAGCACAUCUGCAAACGUAUUCAAGCAGGUGAAAAGUGUGAGAAGCUAGUGGGAUACUCUGCAGUGUAUAGGGUCUCUUUUGGAAUGGCAUCUUUCUUCUUUAUCUUCUUCUUACUCACCAUCAAAGUUAACAACAGCAAAAGCUGCCGAGCAUACAUUCACAAUGGGUUCUGGUUCAUUAAGCUUCUAGUUUUGGCAGCCAUGUGCUCAGGAGCUUUCUUCAUUCCAGAUCAAGACACCUUCCUUAAUGCCUGGCGCUAUGUAGGUGUUGCAGGAGGAAUCCUUUUUAUACUCAUUCAGCUUAUCCUGCUUGUGGAGUUUGCACACAAAUGGAAUAAAAACUGGACAGCGGGCAUAACACACAAUAAACUGUGGUAUGGCUUACUAGCUCUGGGCAUUCUCAUCUUGUACUCCAUUGCUGUGGGAGCCCUGGUUUUGAUGGCUGUCUUUUACACACACUCUAAGGGCUGUACCUACAACAAGAUCCUGCUUGGUGUAAAUGGUGGCUUGUGCAUUCUUAUAUCAUUGGUAGCCAUCUCACCCUGUGUCCAAAGUCGCAAGCCACACUCUGGUUUGUUGCAGUCAGGAGUUAUCAGCUGCUAUGUCAUGUAUCUCACCUUCUCAUCUCUGUCAAGCAAACCACCAGAAACUAUCCUGGGUGAGAACCAUAAGAACAUUACAAUCUGCGUACCUGACUUUAGUCAGGAUUUGCACGGAGAUGAGACCCUGGUUACUGGAUUGGGCACUGCCCUUCUGUUUUGUUGCAUUUUAUAUUCUUGUUUGACCUCAACAACUCGUGCAAGCUCUGAAGCACUGAGAGGAAUACAUACAACGCCUGAAACUGAAGUAGCUCGUUGCUGUUUUUGCUGUGCACCCGAUGAAGAUGCUGACACUGAAGAGCAUGUUGAAGAAAGCGGUGGUCAGACUGUAAUUUAUGAUGAAAAGAGAGGCACAGUAUACAGCUAUGCCUACUUCCACUUCGUUUUCUUCUUGGCUUCUCUCUAUGUGAUGAUGACAGUAACUCACUGGUUCCAUUACGAAGGUGCUGAGAUUGAAAAAUUCUUCAGGGGAACCUGGUCCACCUUCUGGAUUAAGAUGGUGUCAUGUUGGGUGUGUGUCCUACUCUACCUGUGGACUCUUGUAGCACCUCUCUGCUGUCCAACCCGAGAAUUCUCAGUCUGAGAAUUCACAAGCGCUAUUCUGUUACAAAUACAUCAGUCACUUUGUGAUCGAGAAGUAAGUCUAUCAUCAGGUGUCUUCACGUGCUGGUUAGUUUCCUCUGACAAGAGGUAACUAUAGAUCUGAAGACUUCUUCUUUUUUUAACCCUAUUUUUAAACUAUCUGAACAAAAAUGGAGCUCCAAGUAACCAAUCUAUUCAAAGACAGUGUUGCAACACCGAUGCAGAAGGGUGGGGAAAAUAUGGGUAACGUUACAUAAGCUGGCAUAAAUAAAACAGUUGUAGAAUAACCGACAAUCUGAUUUUAUUGGCAAUAAGAGCAAAACCAAACACAGUGCAAAGUGUGUGUUUUCCUCCUGUGGAAUGUCGGAUACCUUAUAACAAAAAGAAAUAUAUUUGUUUUUAUACUUUUCAUUACUGAUGCCAUUUACAGUGGUGGUGAUGAUGAUUCAAAUUCAAACUAUCCUUUUAUACUGCACACAAGACUUGAUACCUGUCUGCAGAUAACUUUCUCCACAAAUGCACCUAAAGUACUACUUGAGUAGCAGAAAAUGAGUAAGCAUUUGACUGGGGUGGGAGUUGGGCAAUGUAUCUGCUCAAAGGUUUCUAAAUAUGUUAAAUUACUCAAUAUAUUAAGUUAUUACAAAUAUGGAAUGAUAGAGAAAUGUACCAAUGGCAAUAGAAAUAUUUAUUAUGUAAACCAAAAGGCACCUUUUAAGUACAAUUGAUCAUAUGAGUGCUAGGACACAUAUAUAUGAAAUGUUCAGAGAUGCUAAAUAUUGUAAAAGGAAAUGCUGUUAAUAUAUCUGUCUUUUAAAUUCAAAUUUCUACCAAUGCUAAAUAGUUGUGUAAUUCAGAACAGACCCAAUUAUCAGCAAAAUGUGAAUGCUGCAUGUGUAGUUUAAACUAUCCUAAUGGAACUCUUUGAGGGAUUUGUUUUGCAAGCGGUAACUGAAUGCAAACUGCCCAGUCCGUACAGGGAUAUUAGGCAGGGUACAUUCUUUAGUAAAGAAAAACUACGUGUGCCACACCAACAAAGGAGAUUCUUAACAAAUACAGGGAAACAUUGCUCAGCGUCUUUAACCUUAAAAGUGAGUGCUGAGCAUUAUUUUUGUCCUCAACAUUUUUAUCUACAUUUAGAGGUUUCCCUCAACUUCAACCUCAAAUUUUCACUGCUAAUUUUCUAAUACUCUAAAGCUGGGAUAUGGCCAGGAAAGGAACUAUGUACAAUGGCAUCACUUUAUUCAAUAUGUCAGCUUCUUGGGUAUUUAGAGUUGUGCACUUUUGGGGGGGAAAUUAUUUUUCUAUUUCUUUACUCCAGCUAGCUAUAAUAGCACAGCAGUGCUUUGAGAGUGUGAGCGAAAUUCUUUUCUGGUGACACAUCAACAGACUGGCCAGUUAAUGUCCAUGUGGAAAAUCUUCCCAGAAAGUUAAAUGAUUUUUUAAUAUGAAUGGAAUAAACAUGGUCAGGAGAUUACUGAGCCAAUAAACAUGAACCCUUCAUUGCCACGAUUAGUUAGUUUUCCUGGUUAGAACUACUCUUUGAUAUAUCAGUUAUUCAGUAGGUAAAUAAAAAGAAAACUAAUAUGAGUCCUUCUGAAUUUCAGUAGAUUUGAAACUAACCUAUUCAUACCAGUUUGUCAAAUUAAAAUAAAAACAAAGAAAGAGAAAACUAUCCACUUUGAUAUGCUGUCUGUUGAACUACAAAAAGUUAGUUAGCUUUACAUCUCUGCUGGCCAGAAGAAGGGAAUGGGUGAGAGGGGAUGGAUCACUUGAUGUUACCUGCUCUGUUCAUUCCCUCUGAAGCACCUGGCAUUGGCCACUGUUGGAAGACAGGAUACUGGGCGAGAUGGACCUUUGGUCUGACCCGGUAUGACAUUCCUAUGUUCAUCGACCUUUUACUUGGACCCUUUCUUUAAGCUACAAGAAUUCAAUUGCUAAUGUGUUAAAGGAAAAAACCCCACACAAUCCUGAUGCAAAUAGAUGGUCUAUUAACACAUUAUCAUGCCUUCAUUGUUCUGUAUUGCAGUAAUUAUGGUAGUUCUAUUACUGCUAUAUUAUGACUUUCCUGUUCUCCCAGGUUGUUUCCCAAACAACCCUUACAAAAAGCUAGCUUCCAGUAUUGCAUUUUAACAACUCAGUAAAACAGUUUGCUUAAUGCUAAGAACCAUCAUUGAAAUUAAAGAGCAGAAAUAAACCUUUCCCCUAUGCUACUGGGGGAAGGAAAUGGGUGCUCCUGAGCCCCCUAAAGACCUCUCAGGUAAAAGGUUUCUGGGCUUUCUCCUUGGAGCCAGAGGGGCAGGAAGCAACUGUCUCAUUCUGGGGUCUGAGUUGAACUGAUAUGGCUCUGCAAGGGUUGAAUUACUCCCAAACCCUGCACAUCCUCCUUCUCACGCAAACUCUGUAGAGUUUGCAAAAUCCUAUAAACUUUAUGCUACUAACCCCACUGUUCCCAGGGGCUUAGAUAUCCAUCAGAAUCCCCUCUAUGCUGAAAACUGAUGUGUGGGUUUCUUUGGUAUGGCCAUGAAUCUUUCCCCAUUCUCUCUCACCCACACCCCAACACCACUUCAGCUUAAAUAAGUUUUGCUGAUAUGUUACGAAGGCGAACAAAUAGUUUUCUGGGUUUUGAUUGAUUAUGCUUCCAUUAUGAAGGCUCUGAUCCUGCACAGAGACCUCACACCUGUUUUAGAGUCCCAUUGAAAUCUGAAAUAAAGCAAGAGAAAGGACCAUGAGAUAACUAGGGGUCAUCUUGCCAAAUUGUAAUGUUUACUGUAAGAAGAACAGGAAAAGCUUCAGCAUCAGGCAAAUUGUAUAGAACAUUCAGAUUCAUUGUAAUUUUUCUUAAAAAAAAGAUAUAUUUUUUUCAAAUGAGAAGAAAUUAUUGCUAGUGUUUAGCCAGUCAAGAGAACUGAUAAGCAAACUUGGAUUUUCGGUUUCUGAUUUGUAUAAUUAUAGGUUUUUCAAACUGUUUUGAGUUGGUUUUAGGACUGCGAACCACAAUCGAGGUACAGUCCAGAAAAUCUGAGUGAAAUUCCCUAAUCUUCAAAUAUCUGUAAGUGUAGUAUUGAGGUGUCCAUAUACAUCUAUGGUAUGAAAAACAAGUGUAUUAAAAUACUAAUGUUUUUGAGAUUAUAUUAUGGCUUAACUCCUUCAGGUAUCUUUUAAAAUGUGUAUUGGCCAAGGCAUCCACUAAUAGCGACUCUAUGCAUAGGCAAUAUCUCUAUACAAAAAAAAUCCUUAUGUACAUACUGCAUGCUCAUUUUAGUUCAGUGUAUAUAGGGCAUUAGCUAUUUUGCAUGGAGGAAAUGAUGGUCGCAUAAAGAAAGAAGAGGCACCAGUACUUCUUCCUCCUCCAGCACUUGCUUCCCUGAGUUCACCACCCAGGCCCAUCUCACAAAGUACAUGUGCACAGGGUUUGCAGAAUUUGGGUAGGAUGCAGAGGGAGCAGUGGAGGAUGACUCUACACUGCAUUAUCCCACUCCAAACUAACAUUGUGUGAGCCGUGUUACCAGGAGAAGGCCCAGAGAGUAACUUGCAGGGGUUGUCCCAUUAUACAGAUGUCUAAGAUCCAUUUGGGUCACCGGACUUCUGUGCAGAUGGACAGCUGUGCCUGUUUCCCCUGGCUGGAGAAGAUGACAUCACCUUGAGUCUCGGCCUGUGGAGUUUCCUCAAUGAUACAUUCCUUCCUGCAGGCCAGGAGAAUAUUAGGGUCCUUUACUGUAGUUUUAAAAAAAAAAACUCUACUGUGAACUUCCUGUUGACAGCUAUUUGUAUGGUUCCUAAAGUCACAUGUCAGGGUCUGUCACAAUUCAGGCUAUCCAGUUCAUUGGUCAUUAUCUGCUCAGGUGAACUUGCAUUUUUAGAAGUGCCUAUUAUACAUACCUCUGCCAUAAAUAAUUCAGUUGAGACUGAAACUGGAAGAACUGAACUGAGCCUAUGGUUCAAUGGUGCUGCCUCGUACGUCACUUCUGACCUUAAGAUGCGCUAAUACUUACUGUGCAUAUGAAAGACUCCUGGUUUUUUGAAUCUAUACUUGUCAAACAUCUGUUGUAGGAUUCUGAUGCAGGCUACUACUCUGCAGUGAUCAGGAAUAAGAGAUGCUCUGGAAAGACUUUUUAAAGGAUGGAAUGAGAGGUCUCUAGUCUCUAAUGCUUCAGUGUUAAAAUGCUUGUCAUGAGUCAUGUAUUAGGACAAUAGCUAAAUAAGAGCAGAACUUUCUCCCCAUGCAUUUAUUGUGUAAGCUAGAUAACCAUACUCACUUGAUCUUGCUUGACAUCUGGUAGACACCCAGUGCUCUCUUUUGCCCUGGCACGUGCCUUGUGUAUAUAUCUUUGUUCUUUUGUCUUAUUGUGGAACUUAAAUGGGUUGUGUUAGUCUCCCUUUUAAAAUUUGCAAGAAUCUUGAAAGCUACCUACUUUCACAAGGAGCUGCUCCACCUCUGAGAAUGGGGAGCAUAUUACUGUUAAUGGGCAAAACCCAUUCUUCCUUUGUUCCUCCUUCCAGAAGUCCAUUCCAGUUUAAUUUGUAUUUAAAUUAAAAGGCUGGCUCAAGUCUUAUUUCAAGAAGGCCUCUUGUAUUGGAGGAAACAUGGUUUUGCUUUACAGUAAGCUUGUGUUGUUUUGUUGAGGUUUCCCUCUACUUCAAAUACUACACUGGAUCUGAAUAAUUUUUUUUUUUUUUUCCUUCCUGCUGCACUUCUGCUUGAGCCUGCAGCAAACUUCCAUUCCUUUGUGUCAGUAAUGACCAUGAAAACAAUUGUGGGAGCCCAAAUUCACUCCAAUUAGAAGUCAGGUGACUUUGGAGAUAGCAAGCCUCCGAACCCAAAUAGCUGGAUUAGCAAAUGAGGCCAGAAACACUUAUAAGGACCAAGUGAAAGGCAAAUGGACAUGUCUGUGCUCCAUUUCCCACAGUAUGAUAGUUCCUCAAAGUAUUCAGGCUCCAUGAGCAGGUGGAUGCCAGGAAAUGUAAAUGUAAAUUGUGCUCACAUUUGAAAGGACCACACCAUUUUAUAUGCUAAGCUUUGAACUCUUUAAAUCACUUCAGGCUUCAAUAAUUUCAAUUGAAAUUUGGAUUGGCUUUUUAAAAAUAUUAAGUCAAUUACGUACCCAUUUAAUUUUGUUAAAGGUUUACUGUGGUAGUCUGGAUUUUCACGUAUACCCAUCAAGGAACUAAAACAGUGGAGAGCGAUUAAGAUGAAUCACUCUGGUUUCAAACACCUCUGGAGAGAUACCAACCCCUAGGGAUGUUUGCAUGCACUGGUUCAAACUGGGUUCCCAGAGACCAACAGACACAGGGCUUUUGGCAUAAAGUCUGAGUUUAAAUUGACACAGGGGCUUUCUAAUCCAGAAAACAAAGACUGCCCAAUCCUCGCAGAAAGGUUGGAGAAAUCUUGUCUUAAUAGCACCCCCAUAAGACUACUGGUGACCUCUGGAAAGUUGUUAACAUGUGUGUAGGCGUGUGUAUUGUUUUUGUAUGUUUUCUCUGUAAUGCUUUUACCCUAAGAAUAAAUGUGCUUUGCUUUGUGAAGGAUGGCUGGUAACACUGUUGUAGCCGUUGUAGAAAAGUUAACUGGUCAGACCUGCUGGGGAAAUCAGUGUGAUGCAGAGAGAAGAACUCCAAACCUAACUUCCCAGUCUGGAUAGAAAGUGACAUCAUUGUCCAUGGAAGGUGACAGCUGGAAAUCUGAGACUCUAAGCUGGUGCCCUUGAGGAAGACUGGGGGUGGGAAGGAGCAUUUAACUCUGAAACUGUGACAGAUCACACUGAUCAGGAAAGCAUUAGCACCAUCAUGCAAAAGUUUAGUCCCCAGCAGCACUUUAUUUCCAAUCAAUGCACCAGGAGAAUGUAGGCAAUAGGAAUGUAAUUACCCUGCUUGUUACUUGGCGCGGACACUAGGGCUACCAGAAUAUUUCAAAAACUGACUGGAAGCUUUAAUCAGAUCAGUAACAAAACAGUCCACUCACUUUCCUAAUUAUUUCUAACACUCUAAGCUAUUCGGUUUUUCUCCAAAACAGGAUUGUAGAACAAAUUAUUGGGAGACCUUGUAUGCAUCUAUCAUAUGGUAAACUAGCAAAUUUAUCAGCAACUGAGGCUUAAUAGUGCUUACAAUGUCCUCACGUUAGUCUUAAUUUUUGGUCUCCAGAAAUAUUUGCUUCUUUCUCAGUCUUUGGAUCCUUGUUUUGUUAAAUUUCUUAAUUUGUACCUGGUGAUCUCUCUUCUCUUUGGGACUUGAAAGCAAAAUGGGGAUCAGUUCUAGUAUUCAAAACAGCAGACCCACCUACUCUUUGCCUCCAUGCUAAAAUUAUCUUUGAUCACUGUAAAGCAGAAUCUAGCCCUUGUGCUCCAGAACCUCCUGAAGGAGGAACAUGCAUCACGAAUGCAGUGGAAUUUUAUUCUCUUAAUAUUCUGGUUUUUAAAGUAUUGUGUAAACAUUUGUCUACACUGGUGCUUCACUUGCCUCUGUAAAAGGGAAUCCCAGGGACCAUACAUUUUAAAGGCCUUGACUUCUUUUUUUAUAUUUCUGACUCUCAACCCUCCAAUCCCUUGUUAAUAUGCGUUAUUGUAUUUCCCGCAUCUGAAAUGGAAAUGCCCAGAAAUGAGGCAUCUCUCUAUAUCACAGGUAUGUCUGUUGGAACCAGAACCCUUGGCUUGGAUUAGUGAGGACUGUCAUGAUUCAAUCUCUACCAUGGGAGGAGGCUUUCUAGCUUAGAAGUAGACCUUAAACCUACUAACCUUACUAAUAGUUAUGGUUUUUAAUGUGACUUAAAGCUGUUCCACAUGUCAGUGUAUUAUAAAACACACAGUUUGAAGUUAUUUCAAACAUAUUGACUUAUUUCCUCAAGUUGUUUUUUCCUGCUCUGACUGCUGUAGAUCAUAAGCCAUUUGCACAAAUCUCUUAACUGCUGUUGAGUCUUGAAAUCUUUUCAGCAUUUUAACAAGGCUUUAGAAGUUCUGAUAAGUCAAAGCUGGGGGGUGCAGACCUGUAGUUGUAUGUUAGCCAAAGAAUUCUCAAUCUGAAGCCUAAUCAAAUUUUGGAAAACGAUAAGGAAAUCAAGUAAUGUUACACAUACCUUAAUUUUAUUUUUCUCCUAAUGAAAUCUAUCCAGAUGCGUACAUGUUACUGGGCAGUAUUUAUGAGCCUGGUGUGAAGAAAAUUAAUUUGUUAGAGAUACUUUCAGCUUGAGCCUCAUACCAAAAUUUAGAAUAUAAAACUCCAGAAAAUAUUUACAAGAAAUGUAAUAAGGUCCAUUGUACUGCUUUAGUUAGUACAAAUUAAAGUUUAAUUUUCCGUGCCAUUUCCAAAACUGGGAUGCAAAAUAUCCAAAACUUAAACAUUCUAAAAUGUUUUUUUAAAAAUGUUUAGUCUUUUUUUAAAGUUAUUUUUAAUAAUAAAAUUUCAAAUAAGCUUUAUCAUCUCUUGGUGUACUUUUUUUUAAAAAAAAAAUUGUAUUCCAAUAACAUGGAUGUUUGCUAGUUUAAGCUUAUUUAACUGUUUGUGAAUGUUAUGAGCUGUAGCAACUUUAGGAUUGUUUUGAAGUUUGAGCUGUUAAUGAUUUCAGAAUUUAAAAACAAUUUCUUAAUUGUAAAAUCAGCUGUAAACAGUUUUGUCUUUUUAAAGCAUGUUAAUGGGUUUUCAAGAAACAUUUCUUUUAUAUGUUGAGUGUAAGCUGUUAGUUUUAAUGCUUAUUAGACCAAUAAAGUUCUGCCUGUUUG